UAAACGAAUGACUAGUCACUGCAAAUUCUUUAUUAGCGAUUAUCCCGAAGAUAGGGCUGCAUUCGUCCUGUUUUAGUUUUACAUUUAAUGUCCUAUUCUUUUGGGCAUAAACGUAACCUACCCCGGUGCUACCGGUCCUUGCAGCCAUAUUGACUCUGCGAGUGGAUGGAAAGCAGGAAGAAGGCAGGAUAAACACAAUGAUUCACAGCCUUUUUCUCAUCAACUCUACUGCUGAUAUAUUUCUGGAGAAGCACUGGAAAAGUGUAGUGAGCCGGUCUGUAUGUGAUUACUUUUUUGAAGCUUUUAGCAAAGCAUCUGAUCCAGAAAAUGUGCCUCCUGUCAUUCCAACUCCCCAUCAUUAUCUUAUUAGUAUCUUCUGGGAAAAAACCUUUUUUGUUGCUGUCAUUCAGAAUGAAGUGUCUCCACUUUUUGUAAUUGAGUUCUUACAUCGUGUUGCAGAAACAUUUCAGGAUUACUUUGGCGAGUGUUCAGAGACUUCAAUUAAAGAUAAUUUAGUUAUUGUAUAUGAGCUUCUGGAAGAAAUGCUAGACAAUGGCUUUCCUUUGGCCACAGAAUCUAAUAUCUUGAAAGAGUUGAUCAGGCCUCCAACAAUCCUACGAUCAGUUGUCAACACAAUCACAGGAAGCAGUAAUGUUGGUAAUAUGCUGCCAUCUGGUCAGCUCUCCAGCAUACCAUGGAGAAGAGCCGGUGUGAAGUACUCAAAUAAUGAAGCGUACUUUGAUGUCAUAGAAGAAAUAGAUGCCAUUAUAGAUAAAUCAGGAUCCACAGUUUUCGCUGAAAUCCAAGGUGUUAUAGACGCUUGUAUUAAGCUGACGGGGAUGCCUGAUCUAACAUUAUCCUUUAUGAACCCCAGGCUCUUAGAUGAUGUAAGCUUCCAUCCAUGUGUUCGCUUUAAGCGCUGGGAAUCUGAGCGAGUCCUUUCCUUUAUUCCUCCAGAUGGCACUUUCCGUCUGAUGUCCUAUCAUGUCAGUUCCCAGAAUCUGGUAGCCAUCCCUGUGUAUGUGAAACAUAACAUAAGCUUUCGAGAAAGUGGAGCGUCUGGACGAUUUGAUGUCACGAUUGGACCUAAGCAGACCAUGGGGAAGACAGUGGAGGGAAUUGUUGUUACUGUUCACCUACCAAAAGUGGUGCUCAAUACGGACCUGACAUCAACACAUGGCAACUACACUUUCGAUCCUGUGACAAAGAUAUUAGUGUGGGACAUUGGAAAAAUGAACCCGCAGAAGUUACCAAAUCUUAAAGGAACUUUAAGCAUGCAGUCCGGUGUGCCCAAACCCGAGGAAAAUCCCAGUUUGAACAUCCAACUGCGAAUCCAACAGCUUGCAAUUUCAGGUCUUAAGGUGAACCGUCUAGAUAUGUAUGGUGAGAAAUACAAACCGUUUAAAGGCGUCAAAUAUGUCACGAAAGCUGGAAAGUUUCAAGUCAGGACCUGAGUUGUUCUGCUCGAUGUACUUAGAAUGCUGGGAGAUUUCACUGUGACGUGUGGAGUAGUGGAAUAAAGUAUUGUGUAGCCAAUCUCUUAUUGCCAAAAAGAAAGAUCACACUUAACGCUGCAUUCCUCUAUUUAAAUGCCAUACAUUCAUAUACCUCAUACUUUAAAUCUGCCAUUAGAAUGAUUUACAUUGCAUACACGUAGACUUCUAUUGUAAAUCUUCUGGUACUUAAUGUAUAUUAACAGCUUACAUUUCAGAGAAGGUGAUUUCUUUUAAGUUGAUUAAACCAAAUAUAAUCUACAUGUCAUAAUAAUUACAAUUUUGAUACUACCCUGAAAAUGAGUCCUUCUCAAGAUUACUCCAUAAUCCACUGUUUUACUGUAAGACGCUAAUUUUUUUAAAGAAAUUUCUCUUUUAUGAAAAUUAACCAGAGCUAGUUAUAUUUACAUAACCCUAAAAUGCACAGCUUUGAGUAGAUCUCCAUCUUUGCAAUAAUUUGUUUAUAAUCAGAUUUGUACGUUUAAAGAGAAUACUGUACUUAAAUAUUUUGGUAAAAUGUGUGCCAAUAUUUGAAAUGUUGUAGCCAUUGUUUUUGUCACUGAAUAAACUACAGAAGACAACCUAUUAACCAAUCUUAUUUUUAAAGCAA